AUGAAAUCACAGAGUGAUUCUGAGGUAACUGAGGCCUGUUUUUCAAAUGCUGCUAGUGGUAUAUCACAAAAAGUUACUGGACUCUUGAAGAAGAGGUGUAAAAAAAAAAACGCUAGCAAUAAACCGUUAACCCCAGAAGAUAUAUUGGUAGAAAUUAGAAAGUUUAUCCCAGCGUCUGUUAAAAAUUUUCAAAAAGAAAAUACUCAUGAAGUUACAAAAGGGGCUUUAUUGUUAUUGAAAAAUCUUCCUGCUGCUAGAAAUGCAGUUUUGGACUAUCUUGAUAAUCCUCAAGCUUGGUCAUGUCUUAUCACCAAUUGGUCUUUAGAUCUCUUGGGUAAAUUAUCAAAAAGUUUUCCAAAAAAAAGCAAAUUAACAACUAAAUCCACAAUUAAUGAUUGUCUUAAAUAUUGGUUAUCAUGUAAAACAACCAGGACAUUGAUGGAUUUAUCAGACAAAUGUAUAAAAUAUUUAUUAGACUUUAAUCAACAAGAAGCUGACAACUGUAUGAAUAUUUUGAUUAAAUUGAUGGCCACACACAGCCCAUAUUUAGAUUGGGUAGUUUCUCAUAUUGGAAGUUAUUUUCCACAGUUGAUUAUUAAAAAUAUAUUAUUCUGGGGGUUAAAAGAUUUUUCAGUGACAGGAAUUCAAGAAAAUUCUCAAAAUAUACUACACUCAGUAGUAGGAAUUUUAGAGCAUCUAGCAACGAGUCAUUUAUAUGAAAUAAAUGAUGCAACUGUAAAAAGUGUGUAUUGUGAAAUUCUAGAUAUGAUUCUUCAAAAAUUCGACUUGAUCAUGAGAAUGAAUGGACCACAUAGUGCUAAUGGAAUAGCCAUUAGAGAAGACAGUAUUUUGAAGAAACAACGCGGUGUAAAAAUAUCAAACCGACUAUUAAGUCUCAUAUGUGCACGUAUUCUUGCAAUACGAGAGCUAAUUAAGGAUAGUCUCUAUGGUGAGCCAUCAGAAUAUUUUAGUGCUAAAGUAACACCGAAAGAUGAAACAAAUAAUUUUUCAUUGCUUCAUCAAAAUCAUAAACAUGGUACUAGCGUUAUGCUAGCACAGCGACAUUCAUCAGCAUUUCAUGCUGGUGUUAUUGGCCAGGGACCAAGAAGAAAUAUUGCUCAAGAUAAUUUUAAUAAAGAAAUUAUAAAUUUAAAUAGUUUAUUAUUGUUAGAUACUAUUAAAGCUUGUUGUAUGAGUGAUGAAUUGAACAAUCAGUAUCCAAACUUAGAUGCCAUAAAAAUGGUUAUCUUACUUCUUGUGGAAUUAAUUUCACCAGAUGUAAUGUACAAUGGACUUCCAUGGCCAGAUGAAGAAUUUACCAAAGUUACAGUUGAAAGGGAUCUAAAGAUAUGUUGUUCAUUUCGAGAAGUAUCUCUUAUUUAGACUUUACUUGAAUUAACUGCAAGACAUUGUCCAGCAUUGACUUAUUGUUCAGUUUUAUUACGAGCUAUCACCGCUGCAGUAAUUUCCAAUUGGAAUUUAGCAGAAGGUUUACGGCUUAUAAAUAUUAUGGUCCUAGUUCAAUUACUUCCUACACCUCUUAAUUAUUUGACAGAUGUUUUACCAAUUCUCACACCUCAUCAGAUCAAUGUAGUAAUAAAAGAAUGUGUAUGGGCUUACAUGCAUGAAAAUGUUCCUUUUCCGGCAUUAUUUACUCUCACUAAAUUCUAUGUACAGUCAAGUCUUAAAGCAUGGUUCAUUGUAAUAAGUGUAAUAAAAGUUUUUAAAGAUCGAUGA